UAUUUCCAGACGAGAGAGAGUUAAAGAAGCUCUUUCGUUAAACAUGCCCACAAAUUUUAUCUCUCUGCAUAUUCCUCGCAUCUUUGGGAACUCGAAUUCUCAUCAAAGUAGAAAAACGAGGAUUUAGAAUUCGAAUCCUCGCAUUCUCGGCUUCUUAAAUUCCCAAGUUUUCCUUCUCUGUUUCCGUGUUCGUGCUUCAAUCAAUCAGUUUUGGGGGGAGAGAGAGAGAGAGAGAGAGAGGUGGAAUUGAUUGAGCUCCGGUGAGUGUGGAUCUGGCAGGCGAAGCGAAUUGAAGCCUCAGAUCAAUGCUUUGUUCGGAGGCAAUUUAGGUCCCGUCGUAUCUAUAAUUCGAUUUUGAUUGUUCUGUCGAGUGUGACGGCGGGACAAAUUGAUGAAGAACGGGAUGAUAGAAUGCAGUGUAUGCCAUUCAAAGUUGGUUUCCCCGAACACUAAAGCUUUCUCGAGGGCAUAUGACCGCCACAAGAGCAGGUUAUCAUCCAAGCAACGUGUUCUCAAUGUCCUCUUGGUCGUUGGUGAUUGUAUGCUAGUCGGUUUACAGCCUAUUCUGGUUUAUAUGUCCAAGGUCGAUGGAAAAUUCGAAUUUAGCCCGAUUAGUGUAAACUUUUUGACAGAGGCUGCAAAGGUUCUAUUUGCGGUUGUCAUGCUGCUGUUGCAGGCUAGGAAUCAGAAAGUUGGGGAGAAGCCUCUUCUCUCAAUUUCAACAUUCGUGCAGGCGGCUAGGAACAAUGUGCUUCUUGCUGUUCCAGCAUUUCUUUAUGCUAUUAAUAACUAUUUAAAGUUCACCAUGCAGCUAUAUUUCAAUCCUGCAACUGUGAAGAUGCUCAGCAAUUUGAAGGUGUUGGUGAUUGCUGUUUUAUUAAAAAUGAUAAUGAAACGCCGAUUUUCAAUAAUUCAGUGGGAAGCCCUUGCUUUGUUGCUCAUCGGGAUUAGCGUAAAUCAGUUGCGAUCUUUACCGGAGGGUUCCACUGCUUUAGGUCUUCCAGUUUCGACAGGCGCAUAUGUAUACACUUUGAUCUUUGUAACAGUUCCAUCCUUGGCCUCUGUUUACAACGAGUAUGCUCUGAAGAGCCAAUAUGACACAAGUAUAUACCUCCAGAACUUAUUUUUAUAUGGAUAUGGUGCUAUAUUCAACUUUCUAGGAAUAUUGGUAAUGGCCAUUGUCAAAGGUCCAAGUAGCUUUGAUAUCCUUCAUGGUCAUUCAAGAGCUACAAUGUUUCUGAUAGCUAACAAUGCAGCACAAGGAAUUCUGUCCUCUUUUUUCUUCAAAUAUGCAGAUACGAUUCUAAAGAAGUACUCGUCCACAGUGGCCACUAUCUUCACAGGCAUAGCAUCUGCUUUGCUGUUUGGUCAUAAAUUGACGAUGAACUUUGUUUUAGGAAUUUCUAUUGUCUUCAUCUCGAUGCACCAGUUCUUUUCUCCCAUUUCGAAAGUCAAAGAAGAGGAACAAAAUGGGAAGCUAGAAAUGAUAGAUGUCGAUGAUAAACAGAGGUCAAAGGAUUCCUUUAUCAAUAUGGCAGCAGGGGCAAAUGAAGAGGCUAGUCACCGAGUGGGACCUGAUGAAAGACAGCCGCUUUUACCCACCUAAAGUUAAUUGGAGUUGGUUUAUUUUUUCUUUGAAGGAAUUCUUUUGGGAGGAAUUAAACAAUACAAGAGGAUAAGCAAGGUUCCUCAAACAUUCAAUAAAUUAAUCUGAGAAGAAUACUUUUCUACUGUUUUCGGGGAUCCCUUUCCCAUGUCACAGGGUUUCCCUAAGUUGUUGUGUAAAGCAGUUUAUAUAAACGAAUUCAGAGUAUACAUGCCUUUGAUCCUAGUUUUUUUGCUGCAGAAGAUUUGGAUAGAGAGAAUAGCAACAUGUCCACAGUGAUUUGGUUCCUUCCUACCUGCACUUUAUCUACCAAUGUGAUUUGUAUUAGCGUUCUUUUGUAUUCCUUACCGUGGACCACAUAGAUAUUUCACCCCAAAUCUCAAUUUUUGUAUUUUUAUUUUUUUUAUUUCAUACAGACUUAGAUUUUGUUUUGGUAUGGGACAGCAUUCAGAAAAAUAAAGAGAAUGUCUACGAAAUCUUGUUUGUGUACUUAA